ACAUUCUAUCUGCCAGCUGCUGUGACAUACAUUGUGUUUCUUUAUUUGGAUGAAUAUUUCAAUACCUAACAUGUACACGGUCAGUUAAAUAUAACUGCAUAUAGUAUAGAUUCUUAUCACGCGGUUUGACGGAUAAAUGAUUACGAGCUUAUAAACGUAGCAGAGUACGUUGCCCUUUCGCACUUAUCUAUGUCAUAUUUGGCUUAAACAUCAGACAUGUUUUGGAGAAACUUAAGUUUAACUCGAGCAGCAGCGACUUUCUUUUCCUUACCGCCCCGACAAGCUUUGGGUCACCGCAGCAGCCGAACCGGUGGGUGCUUAAUUCCGAACCGAGAGAGCUCCGGGAGCAGGUAUAAUGUUCCACCGAGCGCCGAGUUUGUUGCACGGGUGUCUGGGAUCUCCACCAUGGCCAAGUUACCUUAUCGGGAGACGGCCGACGGGCUGGACGCGGCGUUCGUUGGUGUUCCGAUUGAUACUGGGACUUCGAACCGGCCAGGAGCAAGGUUUGGUCCACGCCAGAUCAGAGCAGAGUCUGCCUUGCUAAGGGCUUACAACAGUGGCACCAGGGCAGCGCCUUUCGAGUCCCUGAUGGUUGCUGACAUCGGGGAUGUAAACGUUAACAUGUACGAUUUGAAAGACACCUGCAAGCGCAUCACGGAGGCCUACAGAAAAAUCCUGGCCACUGGCUGUAUCCCUCUGACUAUGGGUGGCGAUCACACUAUUGCAUACCCAAUACUGCAAGCUGUAGCAGAAAAGCAUGGCCCUGUGGGUUUAGUCCAUGUGGACGCUCAUGCGGACACCAGUGACGUGGUUCUGGGGGAGAGGAUCAGCCACGGGACCCCGUUCAGACGCUGUGUGGAGGAGGGGCUCCUGGACUGCCGGCGGGUGGUUCAGAUCGGCCUGCGAGGGAGCGGGUACUCAGCGGACUCGUACGAGUGGAGUCGGGCUCAGGGUUUUCGUGUGGUCCAGGUGGAAGAAUGUUGGUUCAAGUCUCUCUCACCUCUAAUGUGUGAGGUGAGGGCUCAGAUGGGCGUUGGGCCGGUCUACCUCAGUUUUGAUAUUGACGCUCUUGAUCCAGGUUUUGCUCCCGGAACAGGAACACCGGAGAUAGCAGGACUCACUCCCAUACAGGGAGUUGAGAUUAUCCGAGGCUGUCGGGGUCUUAACCUUGUCGGAUGUGAUCUAGUGGAAGUUUCUCCACCUUAUGACACUACAGGAAACACCGCCUUGACUGGGGCCAACCUCCUCUUUGAAAUGUUAUGUGUUUUACCAAAAAUAAAAUACUACUGACCUGGAUGUAAUAUUUGGUGACACUUUUUACAUUUUUAAAUGUCAUCAAGGUUAACUUGGGUGCAGUUCUGUUUUAAAAAUACAUUUUCAUUUCCGAUCCAUUCUUAUUCGAAUUGUAAUUAAAUGUACUUUGAUAAUUACAUAUAUUAGCAAUUUAACAUGAGCUGAAGCUCUGUCUCCUGUAAAGAACCUUAAGGUGACAUUUGUUGGGAAUUGGCUAAUAAAAUAAACUAAACUGGAGUUAAUAGA